UGUCGUCUGAUCUACUGCCAUCAUGAAUCUGAAGCUCCUCUUCUUUUGCCUCUUUCUUGCUGUGAUUCUCAUCCCUGCUGAAAUGAAGCGUGACAAGCACAAAAAACAUCGUUAUAAUCUUCGUCGUCAUAACGAUGAUCCUCUUCAAGUUGGGCCUCAUAAACAUGGAAAACAUGCGAAAAGGAGAGAACGGUUUAAUGACAUAAUUAAUGACGUGUUCUUAGGAAAUUUGAGAGAUACUCUUGAUGAUGAUGACGACGAUGAUGAUGAUGACCCAAGUGAAUGGCUUCUUGACCUUCAAGAUCCAGCAGGCCAAUGUAACCCAAACCCUUGCCAAAAUCAUGGCGUUUGCAAGGAGAAAGCAAAGAAAAAAUUCAAAUGUGACUGUCCAAAACAUUUCAAGGGAAGACGAUGUGAGAAAGGACCAAAGUUUUGCAAGAGAGGUUUAUGUGGCUGUGGUGAGUGUGUGCUGACUUCCACUCGACCAUUUUAUGAGUGCAAAUGCAAGCAUCCCUUCAUGCCUCCAUACUGUAGAACAUAUGCUGUCUGUGAGCCUAAUCCGUGUAAGAAUGGUGGACAGUGCAUCAAGGAUGGUAACGACUUUGAUUGCGAGUGUCCUUCAGGUUUCAGAGGUCGUUUUUGCCACGUCGGCCCAAAUGACUGUUAUGAAGAUGAUGGAGAGUCAUAUCGUGGUACCGUGAGUGAGACAGUUGAUGGUGAUGAGUGUCUCUACUGGAACUCUCAUUUCAUCCUGGAGAAAGGAAUGUAUCCUUUCAACUCUUUUGAGGACAGCGACGGCCUUGGCCCUCACAACUUUUGCAGAAACUCAGAUGGUGACUUGACGCCGUGGUGUUUCUUCAGAAGAGGCCGAAAGCUGCUGUGGAACUAUUGUGAUGUAAAUGAAUGUUCUGAAGAUGGAAUUGCCACCCCAGCUCACCCUGCACCUUCAGCUUCUCCAGCAUCUCCUGAGCCAGCUCCUCCAAAGCCAACAACACCUGUCCCAACCCAAAUGACCAUCGAGCCUCCACAACCUAGUGACGCCUCACCCACUCUCACACCUUCUCUAAAAACGUUCAGCACUUGUGGGAAACCUCAGCCAAAGAUAGUCAUCACCCGAAUCUUUGGGGGAUUGAAGGUACCCCCUGGGGCAUUACCUUGGCAGGUGUCCCUGCAAGUGAGGCCCAAGAGAUCCACUCAGUUGUACAAGCACAUCUGUGGAGGCGUUCUCAUCGAAAGCUGCUGGAUACUGACAGCUGGACACUGCAUUGAACGGGAAAAUGACAUGCAGGUGGUUAUGGGAGGGCUCUCUCUGGACACUGAUGAGCCCACUGAACAGAUCUUUAAUGUUGAAGAGGCCAUUGUGCAUGAGAACUAUAGGGAGACUCCAGUAUCAGUCCACAAUGACAUCGCGUUGCUGCGACUGGAAGGUGCUGAUGGUGUUUGUGCCAAUGAGACCCAGUUUGUGAAGGCAGCCUGUCUGCCUGAGAGCCCACUAGCUGAUGGGGAGGAAUGUACCAUUUCUGGGUGGGGUGCCACUGAGGAAUCGAACUAUGGUUCCAACCAUUUGCUGGAGGCCAAUGUUCUGCUGAUCAACCAGGACAAAUGCUCCGAAGACAACAUUUAUGGCUCAGCUUUGGAUAAUGGCAUGUUCUGCGCUGGACAUCUACAAGGAGGUGUCGAUUCCUGCCAGGGUGACUCUGGAGGACCGCUGACCUGUGAGCACAACAACACCCAUGUUGUUUAUGGUUUGGUGAGCUGGGGAGACCAAUGUGGAAAGAAGAAUAAACCUGGGGUAUACUCACGGGUCACUCAUUUCCUGGACUGGAUCAAAUCAAAGACUCAAGAAUCAUCAUAAGAAAGAACAUCUACUAUUGCAUCUAGUCGAGGAGCCAAUCACUAUGACUUGAGCUUUGGCUUUUGGUGUAGUUAGUUUUUACUGUAAAUGCAAUUCCAGAUAAUCUGGUCAUGUACUUAUAAGGAUAACAUCUCAAGUGUUCUGCACAUUUGAUUAUGAUGUAACAUGUUAUGAUGAUAUUCAGUUACAUAAUGCCUUGGAAUCAUUAACACCCUACACAUUACUUUACUUGUUCCGUUAAACUGACUGAAAAUGAUUUGUAGCAGUAGUUUUACUCAAAGGGUCCAAUUUGGCCAUGUUCACACACAUACAGUUUGAAUGAAAUAUCGAUUUUAUUCAUCUAUUAGUGAACAAAUGGCUACACACGACCUCAAAUUACAAUCCAAGAGAAUGUUUUUUCUUAUUAUCUUUACGAUCUAUGAAUGUAAACAAAAAUACACAUUAAAAUGCAGAAUCACACACAUAUUCCAGAUUGAUUGGGUAAACCUUUCCUGCAGAUCGCCUCUGCAAGGUACACUGACAUGUGACACCGAAGGCACGAAUGACCUCGGUGUUGUGCUGUGCUGAGGCUUAUGUAGUGAAAAGAACAAGCAAUGCACAGGUCAUUAACUUUGUGGACUACAUGAGAGUAGUUUGCCCCAGAAAA